UCCCGACGUGUCUUCAAAAAUAUACUGCAACUUUAUAUCAUUCUGUUUAAAGACUGUCUAUUCCACACAAUCUGACAGGAAUUCGUAAAUAUUUUACGAUGGGCAUAAUUUUUCCGUAUGUUGUAACGAUAUUUGCUUUUCCGAUUGGACUUGGUUAGGUUUAGGGCUGCGUGUUUCAGUUAAUUACAGUUUUUUCUAAUAAUCGUGAUUUUUUUAAAGUCAUACCUUACAGAUAAGACACAAAAUAGUUGCCAAUGCCCGUGUUAUUUAAUUCGGGUUGUUGUACCAAUAUAAGUUAGUCUUCAUUUUCUGGCCCUAUCCCAGGGCGACGCAUUUUAACCGAGCAGUUCAUUCACUAGACUCACUGACCUCUGUGUUUUCAGUGUUUUGGUGGUCAGCACAUACACAUAAACAUUCUUUUGUUAUGUAAAGACCCCUUUAUGUCCAUUGCUGAUGAGGUUCAAUAUAUGCUGUUAACGCGGAAUAUAACGUACAGGCAUUCUCCACAGUCAACUAAAAUGGUGCUUGAGCGUUUGAAACUGGCUGUCAUGUGUGCCUUUUUAUACUAGAAACUCUGAAUACUUGUCAACUCAUUGAGUUUCGAGUCUCAGUUGUCUACAUUUUUGUGUAAGUUGUUACCCAUCAAACAGGCGACACAGAUGUCAGCAACCUGUAUCCUCUCCUUUCGUUGAAGCGUCCAGCCUGAGCUUGUGAUUGGUUGAUCAUGUUCCCUGUCACUCUUCAUCUCGUCUCACUGGCCUGCGAGAAAGACAGAUGGAUGCAUUGCUCUACAAUCACCACAAACACUAUCUUCAGCCUGCAUGCCGUAUAGACUGUAGCCAGUAGCAUCCUCAUUCACUGGCUUGUUCCACCUGAAUCUGUGGUUUCCAUGGAAACCAAGUAGAGUGACAGCAUGCAGGCUGCGUGUGGUACUGUGUGAGUGGGCACCGGGAGGUGUGGGGAGGAGCCAGUUCACCCACUGCAGCAUCCAAAGAGAGGGGAUUCUCUCACUCUCUCUCACACACAUUGGAACAUCCUAAUUACUGCAUUCAAUGCCCCUUUCGGACUGAGCGUGACCCCUCCCUUUCUUUUCCCACUGAGGAAUCUUCCGUGUUAUAACCAACUAGUGUUUUGUUCGUUUCUGAAGGACCUCAAUACAAAAUGUCUUCUAAGCAGCCUUCAGUCAAACCCACAUCUCCUUUUAGGAAGAGAGGCAGCUUGCAGUAUACAGCAGCCAGUGGAGAUCUCCGUGGCCGACAUCUCCUUACAGCCCAGCAUUCUCUGCCUGGCAACCCUGUAACCAAGCACGGCUACAUCGACCUGCGUACAUCCAUGGAUGGCAAAUACAAAGAGAUUGCAGAGGAGCUGUUCUCUCGCAGCAUGGCAGAGAGCGAGAUGCGCAGCGCUCCGUAUGAGUUCCCUGAGGAGAGUCCCAUCGAGCAGCUGGAGGAGAGGCGGCACAGACUUGAGCGGCAGAUCAGCCAGGACAUCAAGUUUGAGCCUGAUAUCCUGCUGCGAGCCAAACAGGAGUUCAUGAAAACAGACAGCGCGACAGAUUUAGAAUAUAUGAAAGAACAGAGCCAGGUGCCCACAGAACCCUAUCCAGAGAGAGAACACGUCCCCGAGAGGGAGUAUCAGAGAGUUAGCAUCUCUGGAGAGGAGAAAUGUGGGGUCCCAUUUACUGAUCUACUGGAUGCUGCUAAAUGUGUAGUCAAAGCUCUGUUCAUCAGAGAGAAGUACGUCUCUCUCUCCAUGCAGAGCUUCUGCAGAACCACGACACGUUACCUGCAGGAGUUGGGUGACCGGCCUCUGGACAUUAACACCUAUGGGGAGAUGCCUGAAUCCGCUGUAUGUGCAGAUGCAACCGUCCACCCGCCUGUUUCAGAAACCCACCCUUACGAGUGUCUAGACCCUGCAAACAUGCCCCCAGGCUUAGGCUACACUUGCAAAAUGGUGGACGGUGUUGUUCAUGUAUACACGCAUGAUUCCUCAGAACUGGAUCUGCCAUACCCUGACCUGCAGGAAUACAUAGCUGAUAUGAAUAUGAUGAUGGCUCUCAUCAUUAACGGGCCUGUGAAAUCUUUUUGCUAUCGCCGGCUGCAGUACCUGAGCUCCAAGUUCCAGAUGCACAUUCUGUUAAAUGAGAUGAAAGAGUUGGCGGCACAGAAGAAAGUGCCUCACAGAGAUUUCUACAACAUCAGGAAGGUGGACACUCACAUCCAUGCCUCCUCCUGUAUGAAUCAAAAGCACUUGUUGCGUUUUAUUAAAAGAGCCAUGAAGAAGUAUCCAGGUGAAAUCGUCCAUGUUGAACAGGGGCGGGGACAGACCCUAAAUGAGGUGUUUGAAAGCAUGAAUCUAACAGCCUUUGAUCUCAGCGUAGACACUCUGGAUAUGCACGCGGACCGUAACACAUUCCACCGCUUUGAUAAAUUCAAUUCCAAGUACAACCCCAUUGGAGAGUCUAUCCUCCGAGAAAUCUUUAUCAAGACAGACAACCAUGUUGAGGGGAAAUACUUUGGGCACAUAGUCAAGGAAGUGAUGGCUGACCUGGAGGAGAGCAAGUAUCAGAAUGUUGAACUGCGUCUCUCCAUCUACGGCCGAUCCGGAGAUGAGUGGGACCAACUGGCUAAGUGGGCUGUCAGACACAAAGUCUAUUCAGAUAACGUGCGCUGGCUGGUGCAGGUGCCAAGGCUAUUUGAUGUGUACCACACCAAAAAGCAGCUAUCUAAUUUCCAGCAGAUGCUAGAGAACAUUUUUAUGCCUCUGUUUGAGGUCACCGUUCUCCCCAGCAGUCAUCCAGAGCUGCAUCUAUUCCUGCAACAUGUUGUUGGGUUUGAUAGUGUGGAUGAUGAAUCUAAACCAGAACAUCACAUCUUUAACCUGGACAGCCCAAAACCUGGAAACUGGACGGAGGAGAAUAAUCCUCCAUACUCCUACUAUCUGUACUACAUGUAUGCCAAUAUGACUGUACUCAACCACCUGCGCAGGCAGGUCUUCUUCCUACCAGAUCUUACCAAACAGGCCAUAGAGUAUUUUGGAGGAUGUUUCUACAUCUGCUUUAAGAGCUUCUGCCUGUAUACUAUCUGGACCUGGUGCCUUGUUGUUCUUGGAGAGCAUGGUGGCUUUUUUGAUCUCUGCUUUGGUUGGACGACUGCAGUCAAUUGAAAGGGGGACUUCUGCAGGUAGGAUGUUUGCUCUUACUGCCGCAGAUGGUUGGUUCAGUCUGUGUGAGAAAUGCUCGACCCACCUCUUCAAUUGCUCUUCGUGUGUGUUCAAUAUCCUCCUCCCUUAUCCUCAACUGGGUGGUUCCCUCUCUGGUAUUGUUUGGUCAGCAGUCGGUUGUUGUCAUAGAGAGCUUUGAUGAUAUUCUGCCUUGCAGCUUCCUCCGCUUCCGCUGUAAGCUUGGCUACAAAUUUUCUCUUAACUCUCCUAGCGCUCCUUUUUACCUUCCUGUCUGCUCUGCUAUAUGUUUCCCCAGCUAUUUUCUUAGCUGCUCUUGUUUUGCAAUUAUUUAUUACAUCCUUUUGUUUCUUCUUUUCCUGUAUUCUGAUCAAGGUGUCAGGUGAAAGGUAUUCCUGAUGAUUUCUUUUCUUGGUCCCAACUGAUGCUUCGCAGGCACCUUUAAAUGCUUCCUUCACUUGCUGCCAGUGGUUUUCUAUAGUUCUGGGUUCCUCUUCCCUUUCUUUUAGUGCUGUUAAACGGUUUCUAAGUUCUGUUUGAAAAUCUGUUUGUUUGUCUUUGAUUUAAAAUGAAGACACAUUGUAGCGCUUGCCUAUUGAGGUGCUGUUGUGGUGUUUUUUCAACUUAAGUCUUAAGUUAGCUACCACGAGAUGGUGGUCAGUGCCCCAACAUCUUGAAUGCCUCUCCUAAAUCUCUUAGAGAUACAGAAAUGGUCUAUUUGGUUUGUGUAUUCAUGUCAGGAGAAACCCAAGUUACCCUGCUGGCAUCUUUUGUGAGGAAAGAGGCUUCCACCAAUGACAAGGUUGUUGUUAGCGCAGUAGUUAGCAAAGAGUUCUCCAUUCUCGUUCAUCGCUCCAAGGCCAUGCCUUCCCAUCACUUGUUCAAAGCCGGUGUUGUCGGUGCUGCCCACCCUUGCGUUUCCUACAAUAUGCAUUGAACCCACAUUCCAUGUUCCCAUUUUUAUGAUAGAUUUAGGAUUUAGAAGUUUCCACCCUGAGGCUUCCUGCCGGCUUUGACUACAGGUCUUAAUGCCCCUGUAUGACACCUUGCUUUACUGCAUUACUGAAAUAUACUCUUACCUUGCUUUACUGAGUAUAUUUUAGUAAUUCAGAAAAAUCUUUUUUUUUUUAAUUUAUGGAGAUAUUUUUGAGAUAUUUUUUACCCAGCUCCAAGGCUGCACUUAAGUCUGCUGU